CUCAACUGAUAAAAAAACACAACAUUUUAAGUACGCGAGUCAAGUGAAAUGGUUCCGGGUUGGUGUUUUUUUACUCUAAAAAAAAUCAACGCAUUCUAGAUAACAGUUUGGGUAACACAGAGACGAGCCGACUACAGAUAAUUCGCCAUUUCAAGAUGGCUGGAGCUUACACACAUCUAAAUGUAUUAAUAAAGUGGCUGAUAGUGGCGAGUUACUUUGUCGGACAGGUAGAUGCCGAUGCUGUAGGUAAGCAGAUGUUUGUUCAUUUACAUCACGUGUGAAGAGGUUGGAUAGCUGCUAAAAAAACAACAACACCGUUCUCUUCUUAUGGAUGCAGUGUGUAGUUAAGUGCGAGGGCCUGACACGCCCAAACAACUGGGGGAUGUAGUUUAAUCAAUGGUCGCCAGGCGUUAGACUUGAUUUAAUGCUGAAACUUCCUCCCACGCUUAAGAUCAGAAAUGUUUCAAUAAGGCUUUAAGCGUCUGUAGGCGAUAUUUUUUUUUUUUUUACACAAAGGACAAAUAGGGGCCAAAGACACAGACACUUUAAAUACAUAUAUAAAAUUAAAAUUUUACAGCCAGAAGUGUCAAAUAAUGUAAGAAAAGCUAUAUCAUUUUAAAACAUACGACAUGUAGGCCUGUUUAAAAUAUUUAAUUGGCAAACAUAUUUAGGCCUAUGUAUAUCAUAUACUUUGGCUGCUCCUCGCAGCAUAAAAACACAUAAAGGACACAUAAAGGUUUAAAGGACACGAAAUUAACGUGCAAAGUGUACACAUCAGGAUCUGACCAAUAGGAAAUAUUUUAAUGUAACCAUCGACCAACAUAUAAUAAUAAACAUAUAAAUGUAACAAAUCAACAUACACAUAUUCAUUUUAAUGUUACCAUUCAACCAGCAUAAAUACAUUAUAAUGUAACCAUCCACCAACAAUAUAUACCUUAUAAAGUAACCAUCGAUCCAAGCAUAUAUAAAUUUUAACGUAACUAUCCAACCAAACUAUACAAAUGUUUACGUUAUGAGUCAGAUAAAGACAUAAAUAUAAAUGUUUUAUAUAAUAGAACAGAAACAGUUAAUCUAUAGCCUGACAACAUACAUAAAUGCUUCGUUUAACAGAACAAGUAUGUUAAUGUAAGAUUUGUCAACAUAUUUAAAUAAUGAAUGCACCCAUCUGACCCGCAUAUAAAAAUUGUGAAUCUAUUAUUUUGAUCAGAUACAUAAACAGUGCAAGUACCUAUACGACCCACACAUGUAAUUGGUAAAUGGAUCAAUCUGACUCAUACAUAAUUUUAAACAUUUCAAUCUAACCCACAUACGUAGAUACAUUUUAAAUACACCAACUGACCCAAGUACAUAAAUUAUAGAUGUCUAUAGCCACUGUUCAUAUCCAGUGUUUCUACCCAAUAUUUUAGCCAAAUGGGUGUAUUGAAAAUUGGUAUCAAAUGUCAGUAUCAAAUGUGUUUGUAUGAAAUGCAUGUAUCCAUUGAUAAUAUCUGAAACCUGUUCUUGUGUUGCAGGUUGGAAUUAUGACCGAAAGCGUGGAGGUAUGUCGCAAUAUUUGUUUUGUUACACAUUUAAAAUCUAGACUUUGUUGAUAGGUUAGUCCUCGCGCCCAAGAAGGCGUUAUCUCUUUCUCAGUGAGGCGCUUUGGCAAAUCAGAUAAGGGGCUUUUUUUUUUUUUUUUUUCCAUCUAGGCCACUGGAUUUUAUUUUCCGACUACCAGUUUCCCGCUUAACCCUAUUUCUGUAAAGAAAAUAUUUUUUUUUUUUUUUUGUUUUUUUUUUUUUUUUUUUUUUUUUUUUUUUUUAUUUUUUUUUUUUUUUUUUUUUUUUUUUUUUUUCCAUCUAGGCCACUGGAUUUUAUAUUCCGACUACCAGGUUCCCGCUUAAACCUAUUUCUGUAAAGAAAAUUUCAUUUAUUGAAUACCAGUGACGUCACUAAGAGGUGUGGUGUUCACUUGAUGUGCUCUCGGAAAAUGAAAAAUUUAGAGUUUACCAGAGACGGUGCGCAUAUUUGAUGAUCAGCAUAAUGUAUUUUGAAUUAUUUUGUUUUGUCUAAAAAAUACUGAUUUUGAUGCAUUGCUACAAAUUUGUUGGAACGUAUUCACUUCUUUGGAGCUUAAGUUACAAACAAUUCUAUAAUUGUAUUCUUACAUAUUUUUUUUUUAAAUAUUCCGCACCCCCGACCUCCCCCACCCCCCUCAAAAGUAGCAAUUCAUAUCAAUGUUUUAAAUCUUGGACUUUUUUCUAAUUCAUUUAUUGACAUGCAAUUACGUCUGUAGAAUUUAUUAAAUGAACCCGAGACUUAUUACAUAAAGGAAAAUGUCAAUGAAGAAUUGUUUUUAAAAUAAAAAUAAAACUUAUACUACAACUUUCUAAAAAAAUAAAGUGUGUCUCCUAUGAUCUUAUAUUCCAUUUACUGCUAGUUAAGACAUUCUGAUGUGCACUGAUCUGGUAACUAUUUACUUGGUGCAGGUCUGGGUAGUGAUUUUGGGGAAUUUAGGUAUGGACAAUGGCACCAGGAGUUUUUACUACGGGUCACACUAUUUCAGCGACGCCAAUGUUAAAUACAUUAACACUAUAGUAUAAAUGUCACAAGUUCAUGUAAUGAUAAGUCAUUUGUCAUCAUUGUUACUUGGAUGUGUUUGCCUGACAUCUCCCAGGUCCUGAUGCGUGGAAGAAAUCCUACCCAGAUUGUGCUGGACUGCUGCAGUCACCCAUCAAUAUCGUCACCAAAGAUGCAGUGUACCAUCACAAAUUACAGUACAUUAAUAUCAACAACUAUUCCAUCACGGACGGGGUUAAGAUGAAACUAGAGAACAAGGACGGACACACAGGUACAUACUAGGGUCAUAGAGAUAGUUAUAUAAUGGUAACAUGCCUGUUGGAAAAGUUGUUGCUUCGGACAUAUGGAUAUUUUUGUGGUCGCAGAGAUAUGCUUAAUGCCAUGUAAAUAUAAAUUGGGUCAACGCGAAAUAGCUGGUGUCAUAGAAAUAUUGCUUGACCAAUGUGAUAUUGCUGGGUUCUUGUAGAUACUAUACUGAUAUAACUUUCCAUCUUUGCUCAAUGUAAUAUCAACUCUACAUAAUUGACUGCUUACAUACAAAUAUUUGUUCAUAAUCUCUAAGAAACAAAAACCAAUAAAUAUCUACCUACAUCAAUAUUAUGGCCGUGGGUGUGAUCACCUGGUAACUUAUCCAUUUGUAGCGGAAGUUGUGCUGAAAGGAAAAUCCAUUUACAUUCAAGAAGGCAGCCUGCCAGAUGUUUACAAGCUGGAGCAGUUUCACUUUCAUUGGGGAGCUGAGGACGGGAGAGGCUCAGAGCAUAGCAUUGAUGGGAAGUUCUCUCCCAUGGAGGUGGGUGCACUAGAAGGUGAUAGAAAUGAUGAAAACAAAUCAAUGAUGGGUUAUACUAUUGCUUGGAGUCUGGUGCAUUUGAGAGUGAUAGAUGAUCUCAAAACAUAGUAUUGGCGGGGAGUUCUUUUCAAUGAAGGUAGAUGUUAAUAAGAUAAGAAGAUAGUUCGUUCCGUGCAUUCGUGCUAAGAUGACUAAGGAUGUAUUCGACGGUAUGCACGCAGGAGACUUGUGAGUUUUGUUUUCGCCUGGAAAGGAUAUCCGCUUGAAGAAAAGAGUAAUCCCCCUUCCCCUUUUCGUAAUGGAAUGCAGUCUCCAAAGAUUGCAUUGUCCUCCGAAGGUCCUGCAUAUUUAAGAAAUGACGUUAUAAUUGUAAAACAAAACGCAUAUAUCCAUAAUGGUCAUUAUGCCGUCAUGGAGUUGACGUACUAUUGUAAAACAUAAAAUGGGGCCGCGAAAAUCACGACGGUAUUUUACAGGCCACUUCUAAUGAUUGAAUGAAAUUCUUUUAUCAGAUCAACAAAGAUGGUGAAAAGGUUGCUGUGUUGCUCCUAGCGUUUUACCUGGAGCUGGCGAACUGCAAAUAAAAAUUCACCUUCGCUUUUUUAUAAUGGAAUCCACAUUUGCAUUUAAGAAGUAGUCCCUGAUUUAGGUUUCAGAGAAUUGUAAUGGUAAGGUUACCUAUCGCAUGGAUAUAGAUUUACCCAUGCACAGAACAUAGUAGUUUGGGGUGCCCUAUCCCAUGGAGAUAGAUUUACCUAUUCACAGAACAUAGUAGUUUGGGGUGCCCUAUCCCAUGGAGAUAGAUUUACCCAUGUACAGAACAUAGUAGUUUGGGGUGCCCUAUCCCAUGGAGAUAGAUUUACCUAUGCACAGAACAUAGUAGUUUGGGAUGCCCUAUCCCAUGGAGAUAGAUUUACCUAUGCACAGAACAUAAUAGUUUGGGAUGCCUUAUCCCAUGGAGAUAGAUUUACCUAUGCACAGAACAAAGUAGUUUGGGAUGCCCUAUCGCAUGAAGAUACAUGUACAUAUAGUCAGAAUAUUGUAGUUCAGUGACGGCCUUCUGUAUUGCAAUGUGUUUGAUGCACACACAAAAAAAAGUCUAAAGGUAGUUAUUUUUUUUUAAAAUAAUAUUUUUUAAAUUAAUUUUUUAGGGUAUUUUACAAUAUAUUUUUUUUAAAUAAUGUCAAAGCACCUUUCAAAAGAAGCAUUUCUCUUUUAAAGCAUUUUCUUUACGUUAUUUUUUUGUAAAUCCCUCAAUCAUCAUAUUUUAAUUGAUUAUUUUGUCAUUUAUCAGUUGCAUCUGGUUCACUACCAACAUCAUCUUGGUAACGUCACCGCCGCUUCCACUCAUCCUUUCGGCCUUGCUGUUUUUGCGUUUCUCUUCAAGGUAGGCGGCAGUCAACGCAUUGGUUAAUUGAUAACGUCAUGUUAAACGAUACCAAAAAAAAAAAAAAAAAAAAUUUGGUUAAGUUGCACUUCAUUUAGUGCAAUCAAAAAAAAACAACAAGAAAACACCCAUAUUUUAAUUUAUUAUUUUGUCAUUUAUCAGUUGCUUCUGGUUCACUACCAACAUCAUUUUGGUAACGUCCCCGCCGCUUCCACUCAUCCUUUCGGCCUUGCUUUUUUUGCGUUUCUCUUCAAGGUAGGCGGCAGUCAACGCAUUGGUUAAUUGAUAACGUCAUGUUAAACGAUACCAAAAAAAAAAAAAAAAAAAAAUUUGGUUAAGUUGCACUUCAUUUAGUGCAAUCAAAAAAAAACAACAAGAAAACACCCAUCAAAUGUCUGUAUUUUAAUUUCAUGAUCUACAAAAAGUUAACAUCAUGUGUCAGCCUUUUUAUUUCACGAUGUACUACCAGUUAACAUUAAAUUUAUGUAUUUGUAAUUUAUGAUGUACCCCUUGUUAUCAUCAAAUGUUCGUAUUUGUAUUUCUGGAUGCACCAAACGUUGACGUCACAUGUACAUGAUAGUACUUCAGGUUGCACCAUAAGUUCACGUCACAAACAAUGCUUGCAAAUGAAGUCUUACCCCGAGUUAACGCCCCGUGUGCGUUCUUGUAUCUCAAGCAGUAAGACAAGUUAACGUCACAUGAACAUGAUUGUAAUUUCAAGCAGUAAGACAAGUUAACGUUACAUGAACAUGAUUGUAUUUCAAGCAGUAAGACAAGUUAACGUCACAUAAACAUGAUUCUAUUUCAAGCAGUAAGACAAAUCACAGUGAUAUGAACAUGAUUGUAAAUUAAGCAGUAAGACAAGCUAACGUCACAUGAAACAUGAUUGUAUUUCAGGUUGUACCACGAGAUAACAACAAACUGAAUCACCUUCUGAGGUAUUUUCCUCUUAUUGAUAAUCCAAGUAAGUAGAACAACAUUACGAAUAAUCAACAAUGAAUACUGUAUAUGCAUCUUCUAAAUAAUUUUAGCAUGAUGUUUAAGUACUCAAAAAAAAUGUAUUAAUAAUAAUAAUAAUAAUAGGGCUAGGGCUUGGCUCACCGCGCUGAACAUAAAAAUGUUAUCAAAAGAGACAUAAUCAUGACAUUAAAAUAAAAUACAUUUAUGAAAUAAAGAACAGCAAUGUAUAUUCAACCAGCACACCACAUAACUUUUACAAGGCAAACCAUGGACGGCAGCCAGCAAGGCCAUUUAUCGGUCAGAGGAGGGGAAUCAGUCAGGGUAGUAUAAUUUAAAAAGAUAUGUUUUGAGUGCAGUUUUGAAGGCCUGGGUGGUUGGUAUAUUGCGAAUAUUAAGUGGCAAAGAAUUCCAUUGUUUGGGGGCGCAGAAAGAGAAAGAUCGUUCACCAUAUGUUUUAAUGUGUGUCUUGGGAACGGACAGAAUACGCGUGUCUGCAGAGGAGCGAAGCUGUCGAAGGGGUGAAUAGACAGAAAGAAGUUCAGUUAGAUAGGAAGGGCAAGAAUCCAAGAAAAAGUUGUGACAGAGAACAGACAACUUGUAGUCGAUGCGUGCCUGUAUAGGUAUUAGUAUGAUGUCGAAGCGGUUUGUCAAAGAUGUCAAAAAUAAUAGGUAAAUAUGAUGUACAAUAAAUGAUGUUUACCUACCUAGCUAUUAUCUUGAAGAUGUAUAUUGGUCUCUUUUGUUUAUGGUUGCAAGGUAUGAAAGAUUUAGAAUGGGUAUUCUCGUAUGUAGUUUUUGUAAUGUUGCCUUUUGUACUUCAAUGGGGUAUUUAACGCGCUUCGAGCUUUUGGGGAUGAAGCGUGAUUUUCAAAUAAUCUUUAUUAUUAUUAUUAUUAUUUUUAUUAUUUAUAAGUUUUCCACCAAAUAUGUCAGUAAUGUAAUUAUGAUCUCCGAAAACCGUCUAAAUUAUAUCUUGUUGAUGUCCCCAAUAUGGCUUAAGACAGUUAUGAUUAAAGUGUGUAUCAAAUUUACCAGGAUAAUGGCCCCUAGUGUUGCUAUACGGAUACAUUGUGUUGGGUAUGUUAGAAAAUGUUCAUAAACAGGAAAUAUGUUCAUAAAAUGACGGAGUAGUCUAACGUGGGGGAUUUCAUAAAGUGGUAAGACGAGCAUAAGAAGGGGGUGUGGGUUGUGGGGGGUUCCAUUCGAUCCGGGCGGUCCCUUUCAGUAUAUUGAGGACCGUCAUCUUCGGGGAAUGUGCAACAUUUGGUUCCCCAGGAAAGUGAGUGAUAGAACGGUUGGUCCACUCUGAGUGAUUUCAGUUUGGUCAUAAAGUGACAUCAUGUUCGUAAAAGUGUUUGAAAUACCUGAGAAAAAAAAGAAACUAAAAUUACAGAUACACACGUUGACAUCGAGACAUUUGCGUUGAGGGAUAUUUUACCUGCAUUUGACAACCUGGACUUCUAUCGCUACGAUGGCAGCCUGACAACACCACCGUGUUCUGAAAGUGUCAUUUGGUCAGUGGCCGUAGAGAACAUAGAAAUUUCGAAGAAACAGGUGAGUGAUCAUGAUCAUAUUAUGUAUAGCAUCUGACUUUGUUUAUUCCAUGACAUCCCAACCUAGACAAAAAAAAUAUAUAGCAGAUCUCUAUCCCACAGUCUAACCCAAAAUCUAUUCCAGGCUCAAUAUCAUUCCCGUGAACCUAUUUCGCAUCAAUGAAACAAUAAUUCAGGCAUUUCAAUCAACAUCAAACCACCGUAUAUCCCAACACAUUUAAGAAACUAUUUAAACAUCUCUAAGUUAAUCUACAUCAAUAUUUAUCCCGAGCUCUUUCUCAAGCUCCAAUCCAACAUUUAUCCUACCCGUCACUUUGGGGGAAUGAACUCAAAAUCGCCCCCCCCCCCCUUUUUUUUUUUCUUAAUGGGACAGUUAUAACAAUUUUUAUUGAAAUGCUUUGUCAAUGAAUAUUUAAGAAGCAUUGUGUGAAUGACUAUUGCACGAUAAAGCUUAAUUAUAAUAUAAAAAACAACAACUUCUUUUUGGAUUAAUUGAAUGAUAGACUGAUUUUACUAGACACUGCAAUUUUUUGACAUUGCAAAUGGUAAAUUUCAUAACUAUAAUAUUUGCAAUGUGUUGGCUUGGCUGCGUGAAUUGAUAACAAUUUAUUUUUUGAGUGCAAUCUCUUCUAUAACGUAAAUUAACAAGCACUCUUAAACCACACGUACAGAAAUCUUGAUUGAUUGAGUAUAUAAUAUAUCACUCACACCAAUGGGAAGUGACAUGCUAAAAAUGAUCAAGCAUUUAUGUGGUUAUUUUAUUCAAAAGGUCCUACAUUCUUACAGAUAAUUACCGUUUAACCCAAUUUCAUUUUUUGUCGAUGUUGGCUUCAUAAUGAACUAAUAUUGAUUUUGAUGUACUGAAUUCAUUUUGAGAUAUUUUAAUUAAAAACAAUUGAUUGUUUUUGUUUUUUUACAAAUAAGAUUGGAGCCAUUCCUUUCCAAUUAAAAAUUUAUUUUUCUUCUGAAUUCAGAGCACAUCUUGACUGAAAUAUUCAAAAUCUUUUCUAAUGUCUUUGACCACAGCACUUAGAAAAAAAAAUUGGAAUAGAAAAAGUUUUCAACAACUGUGUUAACUGGCUUUUAAAAGCUCUUGAAUUUUGAUAGCCUACGAAGUAGCCAGACGCAAGGAAGAAUCGGACGUUAUAAAUUUUUUUUUUAUAAAUUUCUCUUUUCACAGAACUUACCGAAUAUUCCAAAACUAACUACGUAGGAAAUAAAGCUUCUUUCACUGCACAAUUAAUUCAGUUUAUUGACUUGUGUUGGCUAAUCACUGAGCAUUUUAGAAACGCGGCUACUGAUUAUGAAUGGCACACAGAUAAAUAGAAAAGAAAUGUGCCACUUUAAAAACAACAACAGAUGUUUGAACUUUCCGUUAACUGAUGUAGUUGUUUAUCAAAUUGAAACCUACAAAACAGACACGCAAUGUGAUCUCGUGUUCUUUGAAUUCAUAAUGAAACAACCUUUAAAAAACAAAUACUUUUUUAAAAUAAAUCCUUUACGUGAACUAUUGUUUGCAUUUAUGUAAUUGUAUGUCAUUUAUAAAAUAUGUGAUUGUAGCACAUGAUUUUUGGUAUGGUGAAUGUUUUUAAUCAAAGUUAUUGCAUGUAAAAGCUAAUAGACGAACUGUUUAUUUUUAAUCACACAGCAAUAGUUAAACCUUUACUCGCAGCAUCAAAACAUGCAAUCAUUGAACACAUGAUAUUUCCGGCAUCUUUCCCUUGAAAAACAGGAAAAACUGAUUUUCUUGGGUUGGGAGGGAGCUGAAAAUUUUAAUGGAAUAUGUUGUCAUUGGCUUCAUUGGAAGACGGAAGUGGGUCAUUUAGCUUUCCUAUUAUUUUUUCCCCAAAAGACACACACAAAAAACGCUAGUUUAAUAAAAAGGAUUUAUUAUUUUUUAAUAUUUCAUUUGAUUAGAUAUCACAUACAAAAAAUAUUAUACCACACAAGUCAUCAAUAACAUUCGUAUCUAUUGAAUGGCCGUGAUCAUAUCUUGCAAGCUACUGAAGUCUGUCGUAGACCAAAUAUGUAGAUAAUAAUUUUGUUUCGGAAUUAUCUAUUGUUUUUAUAAGUUAGGAGGAACAGGAAGUGAAUUGAGGUAUGUCAUGCGCAGAAGUGUAGAGGGACAUAAGUGAACAUAGAAGCAUACGUUGAUUGAAAAUAGGCUCUGUGCCAUACAUCAUCGCAUCAGAUUAAUGAGUCAAUCGAUAUGUGUGAAAGUAAGAUGUGAAGUAAAUAGACAAAUUCAAUUAUAUGUUCCUCCAGUUUUCGGAGAUGUAUUUCUUGCGGUGUAAUGUAUAUAAAAUAAAUUGGUUUUCUGAGGCUAAAUCAAUGGACUCUCCCGUCAUGCUUUGUGAACGUGUAUAAUUAACACUACAACUUUAUUUUACAAGUAACAUCAUUCACCAAUUAUCGUUACACAGUCUUUCGAUUCGAAAUAAUAUAUUCCAUUGACUUAAGUAACAUUGAAAUAAUGAAUCGUUAUAGUUCACUAGUGAUACUUUACUACAUUUGUGGUUAUAAGUUAGCAUACUUGGGUUGUCUGCCCAUUGAGCCAUGACAGCCAUUCACAUUUUAUUGUUAGAAGUUGUCAUUCUGGGGAUGUAUGUACACCACGUAAUUUUAGGUAUUCCUUUCUUGUGGUUAUAAAUAAGUGUGCAGCUGUUCUCUGUUCAUUACGCUUUGCCUGGUAUUCAUGUCUCCUUGCCUUAAGGAUAGUGUAUUGUUUGAUAGAUCGAAUAGCGUUCCUAGUGUGUGUGUGGGGGGGGGGUGGGGAAAGCUCUUUUCUGACUAAUGCUUGUCCUAGAGAUUUUUUUUUUCCAGAAUAACAGUCAAUAACGUUUAGUUUAGAAUAAACAAAUAAUUAUUUUUAAAAAGAUGUUUCUCAUUUUCUUCACCUUUUUACACGGAGGGGGGGGGUGGGGAAAGCUCUUUUCUGACUAAUGCUUGUCCUAGAGAUUUUUUUUUUCCAGAAUAACAGUCAAUAACGUUUAGUUUAGAAUAAACAAAUACUUAUUUUUAAAAAGAUGUUUCUCAUUUUCUUCACCUUUUUGAAUACAAUUUCCCCCAAAACAGAAUAAGUAUUUUACACCCCUCUCCCACUUCGCAACACCCCAACGCUCCUUUGCUUUGUGGUACCGACCAGUUUGAGAACCAUUGCUUAACCGCAAUCUGAACCCACGCUCUGUCAUUUAUAAACAAAAGAAUAUAUGUAUAUACUCUAUUCAACGGUACUACCCUAAAUCUACACGAAAUUAUUUCCCUAUCAUUUGUCAGUGCUCCUUUAAAAUGAAUGCAUUGCAUCUACUGAUACGCCAAACUUUCUUCGUCCCCAGCUCAAUCAGUUCAGAAAUCUCAGUGACGACAAUCAUGCGCGGCUUGUUGACGACUUCCGGCCAAUCCAACUUGAACACAGCCGAUUGAUUACCACAACAUUACGGGUAGCUAAUAUUAAUGAUGGUUCAAAGGUCACGGCAUGCCUCCUUGUGUUGUCUCUCAGCCUACUUUCAGUUUUAUUUUAUCAUUUAUUAUAUUUAUUAUAGCCUAUCAUAAUAAAUUAUUGUUUAGUUUUACUUGUAGGGAAUUUUUUUUUUAUAUUAUAUGUACGAAUGCAACUGCAAAAUCUUUAUUAAAUAAUAUAAAUUGUAUGUAAUAUAUUCAAUGUACUAUUGAACUUAUGUUGUGGAUCUGAUUUCUUUAUGUCAUGGAUAUACUGUACUUAAUAUAAUAGAGCACGUUUUUACUACCGGAAAAAACGUACCUGUCUUGAAUGGGUUGAAAGACAGUAGAAUUUGUGUAUGUUAUCUUAUACAAACACAAUUACACAACUAUAAACGAUCCGUUACACCCAGUAUAUAAUGGACCAGUAUAUAAUAUAAGAUAACCCCAGUGACUAUAUAUAUAUAUAUAUAUCCCAGAAGCACACCAUAUUCAUCCCACACACAACUCAGAACGUUCCAUAUACACCAACGAACACAGCGGAGCAUCUCCGUACAAGUCGAUAAAACGCUUAUAAAUACAAUGUACAAAUACUCUAGGACACGAAAAUAUCACAUAUACAUUCGAAUAUAUUCCACGAAUACACUAGUAUGCCUUAUAUAUAUAUACAUACCCUCUAUUUAUUUAAACAUAGCAACACAAAAAUGCAUUGAUUAAGAUAAUAUACUUCUAAUGAUCUGUUAAGUGGAUCUAGCUCUUUAGAGCUCUUUGACCUUUUCAACAAUCUUAACAAUCUUUUUUGUGAACAUUUUCUUACUUUCCUAGAAUUCCAAAAUAUAUGCUCGCAAUUAUUUAAAUCCGAUCUCACAUUCUCUAUAUUCUUUCCACGAUAUCUGCCUCAUAUUCCCAUCCUUAAUUACAUAACGUACACAGUCUUCGCAAAUCGGCCUCAUAUCCCCAUCCUUACAAACAUUAUCUGCACAGGACUUAAAGUAUUAUAGUUCCUCUUUGAUUUCGAUUUUAUUUUAUUUUCUGUAGUUAUUAUAUGUUUAGGGUCGCAUGUUUAUUUAUUGUGACGUUGAUUUACUUACACAAGACCACCAUUUCCUGUCAAGUAUGAGUUUGUUUGUUUCUUUGUUUUAUUAUUAUUUUUUCAGUCAAAGACAGCUUAUUUAUUUUCUUUUAAAAAAUAUAGAAAUACACUUAG